AUGCACUUCUGCAUAACAGGAGGGUCAAAGGGCCUGGGAAGAGCUCUUGCUAUUUACAUUCUGCUGAACAACCACAGAGUCACAAUUAUCGAUAGAGUUUCUUCAGAUCUGGACUGCGACUUUAUAAAACACGAUUUUGCAGAGAAUUUGCCUUUUUCCAUCUCCUGCGAUGUGCUGGUAGUAUGCCAUGCCACCUUUGAUGGAUUCAGGCCUUUUGGCAGCUAUUCACAGGGAUACAUCAGCAGGUAUCUUCAAAUCAACUUACUAUCUCAGAUUGAUCUGAUUAAAAACAGCAAGUACAAAAAGGUGGUGUACAUAAACAGUGUGCUGAGUAUUGCACCCCUGCCCAACAUAUCCCUGUACAGCGCGUGCAAGGGAUUUAUGCACAACUUUCUGGAGUCAGUAAGAAGAGAGAAUACUCCCGUACUGACCGUAUACCCGUACAAAAUAGACACAGACCUGUUUGAGUGUGUAAAGUCGCCGUAUGUGCUAGAAAAGAAAAUAAUAUCCAGAGAAAUCUUUAAUUCAAUUAUAAAAGGAGACACACACCUGUACCUGCCCUCUAUUUUCAAAUAUGCCUAUAUAUAUGCUUUAUUUCCUCUCUUUAUACAGAACUACAUUGUUAGAUUUAUUAACUACACAAUGAUUAACUAA